UUCAUGCGGGAGGAGAUGGUGCAACGUGAAGCCGCCGAGCUGCGCCGGGGCCACCGCAAGCCGCGCAGCCCCCACGGCUGGGGCCUGCUGGAGGCCCUGUGGCUCCUGGCCUUCUACGAGCCCGUGGUGACCGAGGGCCACCUGCGCAGGAAGAACCUGGAGUUCAUCUUCAUCCGCUUCAGCGCCUGGGAGUUCGCGGGCUGCGACAAGCUCUGGGCGGGGCUGGUGACCACGCUGUGCCACCACGUCCGGCAGCACUUCGGCGCCUUGCCGCUCAGCGUCUUCCACGUGCUGGGCUCGCGGCCGCGCUUCGCCUCGGGCUUCUCGCAGCGCGAGUGGGUGCUGAAGAAAGGGACCUGCCUGCGGCUCUGGGGGCUGCUGCUGGUGCUGGCCGUGGGCAUCGCCAUCCUGCUGGUGGCGCUGCUGGUGCCGGGCAUCAAGGACCACCACGCGCUCAAGGUGGUGGGCAGCGCCGUGGCGUCGCUGUCGGGCUCCUCGCUGGUGCUGGGCGCCUUGUCCAUCCUCAAGAACUUCCUGGUCAGCGAGAAGAAGAAGAUCGAGCGCCUGACCAACAGCGACAGGUUCGCCGGGCAGCUGGGCUUCAUGAGCAAAAUCCGCGACGAGGUGGAGGUGUUGGUGGAUUAUUUGGCUUUCAUGGAGGUCUUCGAGCGCCGGCGGCUGCGCGUGGUGCUGGAGAUCACCAGCCUGGACCUCUGCUACCCGGAGAAAGUGGCCGGAGUGUUCAACGCCAUGGCCACGCUGCUGUCGGACGCCAACGCGCCCUUCAUCUUCCUGCUGGCCGUGGACCCCAGCGUCAUCGUGCCGUGCCUGGAGCAGACGGGCUGCAUGAAGGGGCUGGCGGACAACGGCUACCUGUACCUGAACCGCGCCGUCACGCUGCCCUUCUCCAUCCCCGAGAUGGGCGCCCGCUCCCGCCUGCGCAGCGUGGCCGCCGCCAUCCAGACGCGCGAGGACCUCAUGUACCGCAUCAUCGCCGGCAACGUCGCCAAAACCCGCGGCGGCGGCUGCGGCGGCGGCGGCGUUCCGGAGGCGCCCAGCUGGAAGGAGGCGGAUUCCGAGGCGGUGGCGUGGAUCCACGAGGCGUUCCGCUGCCUCCACGACGCCUCCGACGUUUUGAGCCGCUACCUGCCGGAGAACGGCGCCAACGUCCGGCGCAUCGUCAACACCAUCCCCAUCACGCUGCGGCUGCUGCUGCACCGCGCCGCCGGCGCCGCCGCCGUGCCCUC